CUCAGUCCGGGAACUCGGCGUCGACAGCAACGACAACACCACCCGACAAACCUCCGGCGCGGAUACCGCAAAGCGACGGCAAUCUCCGCUCCCUGCGCCCUUCUCUCUCCUCGCUCGCCACUGCCACAAUGGCGCCCCUCACGACCAUGUCACGCGCGCUCGCGCGGUCCGCCGUCCGGCUACCGAUGGCGACAACGACGGCUACCACAACGACGGCGAUCCGGGCCGUGAGCUCGACGCCCGCGCUGCGCGACGCCGCCGCCUCCUCGACCUUCGAGAGCCCCUUCCGCGGCGAGAGCAGGACCAGCAAGGUGCCCGACUUCUCCAAGUACAUGGCCAAGGGGUCCUCCAGCAGCAAUGCGCUGUUUUCGUACUUUAUGGUCGGCGCGCUCGGCGCCAUCUCGGCUGCGGGGGCCAAGUCGACGAUUCAGGAGUUCCUCGUCAACAUGUCCGCUUCCGCUGAUGUCUUGGCCAUGGCCAAGGUCGAGGUCGACCUCAAUGCCAUUCCCGAGGGCAAGAACGUCAUUAUCAAGUGGAGAGGCAAGCCCGUCUUCAUCCGCCACCGCACUGCCGCCGAGAUCGAAGAGGCCAACAGCGUCAACGUUGCCUCAUUAAGAGACCCCCAGAGCGACGAGGAGCGUGUCAAGAAGCCGGAGUGGCUCGUCAUGCUUGGCGUCUGCACACACUUGGGCUGCGUGCCCAUCGGCGAGGCUGGCGAUUUCGGCGGCUGGUUCUGCCCCUGCCACGGUUCCCACUACGAUAUCUCGGGCCGUAUCAGGAAAGGACCCGCCCCUCUGAACCUCGAGAUUCCCCAGUACGACUUCCCCGAGGAGGGCAAGCUGGUUGUUGGUUAAAGACGCCCAAAGCUCUACGCAGAGCAACACGGACAGACAGACAAGAGGGGGUGUAUUAGUACAGCACGGGGUUUGGGCGAAGCAAAAGAGCGCGUUGCAGUGUUUCCAGUUGCAGCGGCCGUUGAUAGACCAUACACCGCGGAGCAAGCCUGACUGCUGCAUGAGUUUGGGCGCAUUUCCUAUCCGGUCUUUUCUCUCUCUAGACCUUGUUCUCUAGCCAGUGCCAAGUUGUAC